AUGAUGACAAACAUCAACAGCGUCACUCUGCUACUUCUCUCGCUCUCUUGUUGUUCGCUGAGCAGUCAAGUUCUUCAACUUCCAUCAUCAAUAGUAGAAAGUCCUCACAAUUCAGCAACAAUCACCUGCAACCAUUCAAUCAGUUUACAUUAUGUAAUAUUGUGGUAUCAGCAGUCAAGGGGGGACUCUGGACUUAAACUCAUUGGAUAUGUUUGGAAUACUGAACCAGCUGUUGAGGAUCCAUUCAAACAGCGCUUCAAUGUGACUGGAGAUGGUUCAACAAAGUCUCAACUUCAUGUAAUAAAACUCAGAGAGUCAGAGGACAGCGGCAUGUAUUACUGUGCAGCUAGCAGUGGUGCUGAAGCUUUCUUCGGUGGAGGAACAAAACUGACUGUUUUAGAACCAGACCAUCCUAUCACUAAACCAACAGUGAAAGUGCUUCCACCAUCGCUACAAGAGUGUCGAAACUCAAAAGACAGCGAAAGGAAGAAGACCUUAGUUUGUGUGGCCUCUGGUUUCUACCCAGACCAUGUCAGUGUUAAAUGGAAGAUCGGUGAGACAGAGACCACCGAGGGUGUGGCGACGGACAACGCUGCCCUGCGAAAAGGAAAGACCUACAGCAUCACCAGCAGGCUGAGGGUUCCUGCUGUGAAAUGGUUCAAUCCUGACAAUAAGUUCACCUGCAUUGUCACCUUCUACAACCAGGCAGACAGUUAUGAAGAUUUUCCUGAUGAAAUUCGAGGCGUAGAAGUAUCAGCUGAAGGGGAGGGGAUGACAAGAGAGAAAUAUUUGAAGGGCACACAGAGACUCAAACUCUCCUACGGUGUUUUCAUCGCCAAGAGCUGCGUCUAUGGAGCUUUUGUUGUGUUUCUGGUGUGGAAGCUUCAGGGAAAACACAACAAAUGAGAGCUGAGCUGGAGCCUGAACUUCAGAGGUCGAUUCUGUUUGUUUCUGUAAAUAAAGAUUGAAGUUACAUAUUGACUUUGU